CGAAGUGCCGUGUCGAACGGUCGAAAGAACAAAAAAACUUUCCGCUUACGAACAGUUUUGAAAGGGAAAGUGUGAAGUGGGUGAAAAAGCGAAGGCGUAUCGCAAAACUAUGGACCACCUAAGUUUAUGCCUAUUAAGUCUAACGUUGACGUUGACCAACAAUGAAAAACUAGAGUACAAUGCUACUUGUGAAAUGUUGGUAGCUCAAAGGACGUCCGCGUCAAAUCUAUACUUUGAUACUCCUAAGGACAGUAAUAAAAGUGACGUAGUUACUAUAGGCUUCUUGGGUUCCUAUGGGCAGGCCCAGGUACUUUUGGGAGCUUUGCCCCUGGCUGUAGAUGCUGUUAAUAAUGAUGGUGGACUUUUGCCCAACAAAAAGUUAACUUACAUAGCCGCCAAUAUUGGGAUCCCCUCUAACAAAUCUGGCUUCCCAAAGAGCAAACCAUCUCCCGUUCAAGCCAUUAGAAUGAUGACCGAAAUGAAGGAAAACGGCGCCGUCGCAUUCGUAGGUCCUGACGACACUUGUUUUCCAGAAGCUUUAGUCGCGACAGCUUGGAAUUUACCAAUGAUAUCUUACCGCUGCAGUGACACAAAAGUAUCCGAUCGAACGACAUUUACGACAUUUGCAAGAACUUUACCGCCUUCCAGUAAGGUCUCGAAAAGUGUGGUGGCAUUGUUGAUUGCAUUUCACUGGGAUAAAUUUGUCGUGGUGUGUGGUACAGAUCCCGCUUCUGGCAGUCAAGUGCAAGAGGCUAUAGAGGAAUUGUCAACAGUACAUGGACUGACUUUAACAGCCACAAAAAAAUACAAUGAUUAUAUACCAAGAUACAUUGAGCAAAUGGAUAAGAUUGUUGCUGAAACCUAUAAAAUUACAAGAGUUUAUGUAUUUCUUGGAGAACACAUAGCCCUCGUGGACUUUAUUAAAUGUCUUCAGGCAAGAAAACUAUUGGAUACUGGAAACUAUGUUAUCAUUUCCGUCGAUGAUGAAAUUUAUGACCCGACUAGAAGAACGAAGAUCAUCAGAAGAGAUUACCUGGAUCCGUAUUUAGAUGGAAGCGACAUCAAUGCAUUUAGAUCUGUUCUAAAGCUGACCCAGUCUUUUCCCAUUGAACGAUAUCAAGAAUUUAGGGAAGAAAUUAAAGCAUUUUCUACGAAGCCACCAUUUUGCGUGCCCUACCAUUAUAAAAUAUUUGACAGCAUAUCGGUACCCAUUGAGGCAGCAUAUCUAUAUGACGCGGUAAUGAUUUAUGCAAGAGCUCUUACGGAAACGUUUGAAAAUCAAGAAGAUCCGAGAAAUGGAACGGCUAUUUUAAAUAAAAUCCUAAAUAGGUCGUAUCGCAGUAUUAAAGGAUAUGAUAUAUUUAUAGACCAAAAUGGAGAUGCUGAAGGUAAUUUUACGGUAGUAUCCCUAUUAGAUGAUAAAGAAAAUGGCAGCCAUUUGGGCAUUAGUAUGCAGCCGGUUGGAUAUUUUCAGUACACACUGAAUGGAACAGUUAUCUCAUCUUUACCAGAAUUCCGAUACAUAAACGACAGCCGUCCAAUUCAAUGGAUAGGAGGCAAUAUUCCCAAAGCAGAACCCAAGUGUGGUUUUAAGGGUGAAAAGUGCGUUUAUCGAAUAGACUGGAGAAUGAUAGCUGGCGUUAUAAUGGCAAUUUCUGUAUUUUUCGUUGGUGGGUUGUUUGUGUUUAAGCACUACAGAUAUGAACAGAAGCUUGCUUGUUUACUUUGGAAAAUAGAUAUUAGAGAUGUAACUAUUAUACCCAUAGAUAUACCCGACUCUCCAAGUAAAAGUAUGGUAACUAUUUGUAAGCAUAAUGUUUUUUCAUCGGGAGACAGAAGAGGAAUAAAUGAAGUAUCAGACAUUUCUCCGAAAAGGGCUUAUACGAACAUAGGUCUUUACAGGGGUAACAUUGUCGCUAUUAAGUAUUUAAAUAAAAGGACACUUGAUCUAACAAGAUCUAUAAGAAAGGAAUUAAAACAGAUUCGUGAAAUCCGACAUGAAAAUCUAAUACCAUUUGUGGGUGCAAGUGUAGAUCAUGGACAAGUGGCUAUAUUAACUGCUUAUGCCGCCAGAGGGAGCCUUGAAGACGUCUUAGCUAAUGAAGAUCUUUAUUUAGAUACUAUGUUUGUCUCUUCUUUAGUAACAGACAUUCUUAAAGGCUUAAUUUAUCUUCAUGAUAGUGACAUAGUAUCGCACGGAGAUUUUAGAUCAGCUAACUGCCUAAUCGAUACCAGAUGGGUCCUGCAGAUUUCCGAUUUUGGAUUACAUGAAUUUAAAAGCGGUCAAGAUGAUCCAAACUAUGCAAUAAAAGAGCUUAAAAGAAAUUUAUGGCGUGCUCCUGAAUUGCUCAGGAUGGAAAAUCGACCUGCUCGUGGAACACAAAAGGGCGACGUAUAUUCUUUUGGGAUAGUACUCUACGAAAUGAUCGGAAGGUCAGGUCCAUGGGGUAAUGUCGCCAUGCAGCCUACAGCAAUAAUUGAUCAAGUAAAGAAGGAAAAUCAAGAUGUUCCAUUUAGGCCUUCACUGGAGGGCUUAAGAAUUCCUAAAUAUAUAAUAAACACCUUUAAGGCCUGCUGGUUGGAAAACCCUGACCAAAGACCAGAUAUUCGUUAUGUUAGGGUUAGAUUAAAGGAAAUGCAGGCAGGUUUAAAACCCAAUAUUUUUGAUAAUAUGCUGUCAAUUAUGGAAAAAUACGCCUACAAUCUUGAAGGUUUAGUUCAAGAAAGAACCAAUCAGCUCACCGAAGAAAAGAAGAAGACUGAUGCUUUAUUAUAUAGAAUGCUACCAAGAUCAGUAGCUGAUGCUCUAAAAAAAGGCGAAAAAGUAGAAGCAGAAUCUUUUGAUUGUGUGACAAUAUAUUUUAGUGACAUAGUAGGGUUUACUGAAUUAUCAGCCGAUUCUACGCCACUACAAGUGAUCGAUUUGCUCAAUGAUUUAUAUACUUUGUUUGACUCGAUUAUAUCGCAUUACGGAGUCUAUAAGGUGGAAACAAUAGGCGAUGCCUAUAUGGUAGUCAGCGGGCUUCCUAUAAGAAAUGGCAACAUCCACGCCGGCGAAAUCGCUUCGAUGGCUUUGCAUUUGCUCAAGCGGAUUCAAAAGUUUAAGAUUAAACAUCGACCAUCGGAAGUUUUUAAAUUAAGAAUAGGAAUUCAUUCAGGACAUGUGGUUGCUGGCGUGGUUGGUCUUAAGAUGCCGAGGUACUGCCUCUUUGGAGAUACAGUCAAUACAGCAUCUCGAAUGGAAAGUUCCGGAGAACCAUCGAAAGUUCAUAUAUCACAUGCCACUUAUAAACUUUUACAACAGCUUGGAGGAUAUAUUUGUGAAGAUAGGGGAUUGAUUAAUAUUAAGGGAAAAGGAGAAAUGUAUACAUACUGGCUUUUAGAUGAAGAUCCUUCUCAAAGACUUACUAGGCUAAGACGCGAACUUGCUGGGUCUAGCUUAUUUAGUAGCAUAAGUACGGAAAGAUUAUGUGAAACUCCAGAUUUACUUCAGGGACCAGGAAGAUCUCUUUUCGGCAGAGACUACCUUUUAUCGCCAUUCUCACAAGGAUACUCGCCUUUUUCAAUAUCCAACUUACACCUUAGGGCAAGAAAAGCUUAUUGUAGCGAUGAUGCUGUGCAACAAUAUAAAAAAUACUACAGCCACUGCUCAUACCACAGACGGAUUAGACCAAAUACACAUCGUGAAAAUCCGAGAUCGGCCCCUACAAUAACUUUUUCGGCGCAUAAUGAGUUUUCUCGUAUUUAUUAAAAUUCUCGAUUUUCACUAAAAUAUAUAUAAAAUAUUUUUAUAAAUGUUUUAAUAUAAUAUUAUUAAUUGAGAUAAGUUUAA